AUGCGGCACAGUUUUUAUUCUUCAAACCCCCAAACCCGCCGGAAUGCUCCCUAUAAGCGUAGGACCGUUCCUCAACUCCCUACUCCCAGUCGAUCAAACCCAAGUGCCGUCAUUGAUCAAAGAUUAGUUGAAGGUGCACAACAGGAACCUUUGUUCAACCGACUACCCAGAGAGGGCUCUAGUAGUGAUCAGCCCAAGCUGCAGUUGUUUUCUCGGGAUGAAAAUCUAGAGCUGGAUGCCUUUGUGCAGAGUCCUUAUACAGUGGGCUCUGUUGCAGACCGUGGCUCGUUGUCCAGGCCUUCCCUAAGAACAGACUAUAACCGGGUCUCUCGUUUCUUUCAAGCAGGUCCUCAUGCCACUCCUCGUCAGAGUUUCGGCUCUAGUUCUCCGGAUACGGGUGUAAGAUCGCCAUCUAGUCCACUGACAAGAAGGCGAGCUGGGAGAUUGGAAGCACAUGCUCCUGAACAUGACUUCGAGGACAACAAUGAUCCUCACAAUUUCUCCAGUUGUGAGAUACCACUUUUCCACCCUGCUGAGUUAUUGUCAGUUGUCCGUCAAGACCGGCAGAGAGGCCCUUUCCAGCAACAUUUUCCGGUUUCAAUUCGAGGAAUCGUCCUCGUAUCUGUGCAUGAACUCCCAGAUAAAUAUCGGUCAAUCUUUCCCUUCCCCGUGUUCAAUGCCGUACAAUCAAAAUGCUUCCAAUCAGCCUACAAGACCGAUAGCAACAUUGUCCUUGCCGCACCCACGGGCAGUGGGAAAACCGCUAUAAUGGAACUAGCAAUUUGUCGAUUACUCAACUGCCUCAAAGAUGAACGGUUCAAGGUUAUAUACCAGGCACCUACCAAGUCUCUUUGUUCUGAGAAGUUCAGAGACUGGAGUAGAAAAUUCCAUACAUUAGGGCUGCAAUGUGCAGAGUUGACGGGGGAUACAGACCACACUCAACUGAGGAGUGUUCAGAACAGCCAAGUUAUUAUCACGACACCCGAGAAGUGGGACAGCAUGACGCGAAAGUGGAAGGAUCAUGCCCGGUUAAUGCAGCUCGUCAAGUUAUUCCUCAUUGACGAGGUCCAUAUCCUCAAGGAAGCUCGCGGUGCAACCCUAGAAGCUGUCGUAUCCCGCAUGAAAGCAAACGGGUCGAACGUUCGCUUUGUCGCUCUGAGUGCUACUGUUCCAAACUCAGAGGACAUCGCAACUUGGAUAGGUAGGGACCCAGUAAAUCAGCAUGUGCCUGCCCACAGAGAGCACUUUGGGGAAGACUUUCGCCCUGUGAAGUUGCAGAAGUUCGUGUACGGCUACCAGUCGCACGCCAACGACUUUGCGUUCGAUAGAAUGUGCACCUCUAAGCUUGCAGACAUUAUAUCAUCUCAUUCUCGAAAGAAGCCAAUAAUGAUAUUUUGCUGCACGAGGAACUCAGCCGUUGCUACCGCGAAGGAGCUUACACGCUUGUGGACCAUGUCCAAUCCCCUUGCUAAGUUAUGGAAGGGACCAGGCAGUCCUAUGGAAGUGCAGAAUGUGGACUUGAGAGCCACAAUUGCUGCUGGCGUAGCUUUUCAUCAUGCUGGCCUUGGUCCAGUUGACCGCCGCUCGGUUGAAACAGGGUUUCUCAGUGGACAAAUCAGCAUAAUUUGUUGCACAUCAACACUUGCAGUCGGUGUAAAUCUGCCCUGCCAUCUUGUCAUCAUAAAGGGAACAGUCGGAUGGCAAGAAGGGGGUUGCAAAGAAUACUCAGAUCUAGAAAUCAUGCAAAUGCUCGGGCGCGCCGGCAGACCACAGUUCGAUGAUAGUGCUACAGCUGUAAUAAUGACAAGACAAGCACGCGAAGCUCACUAUGAGAGGCUUGUGUCUGGCUCCGAGAGCCUUGAAAGCUGCUUCCAUUUGAAUCUUACUGAUCAUCUAAAUGCAGAGAUCGGGCUUGGAAAUAUCAUAGACAUCGACUCUGCUAUCAGAUGGCUUGCUGGUACCUUCUUCUUCGUGAGGAUGAGAAGAAAUCCGACAUAUUAUCGACUGAAAGAGGACGCUGAUAGGGAGGAUGAGGAAGAGAUGCUCCGACAGAUAUGUCAGAAAGAUAUCAAGCUUCUCCAGGAUUGUGGACUGGUCUCCGCCGAUUGUCUCAAAUCCACCAAGUUUGGUGAUGCCAUGGCGCGAUACUAUGUGCGCUUUGAGACGAUGAAGACCUUGCUUACUUUAAAGCCUCACUCAACCGUAUCCCACAUUCUGUCGGUAAUUUCGAGAGCAGACGAAUUCCGUGAGAUACGCCUCAAGGCUGGCGAGAAGUCCCUAUACAAAGAGAUCAAUCGCUCCAACGCAAUUCGGUUUCCAGUAAACGUGGAUAUCGCAAUAUCCGCACAUAAGAUCUCGCUAUUGAUCCAGUCCGAAUUAGGUGCUGUUGAUUUGCCAGAUGGCGAACCAUUCCAAAAGCACAGGUUCACUUUCCAACAGGACAAAACAUUCGUCUUUUCUCACAUUAACAGGCUCAUCCGCUGUAUAAUAGACCGCCAAGUAGGUCUUGAAGACUCAAUCACUCUACGAAAUGCACUGGAGCUUGCAAGGAGCUUCGGGGCCAAAGUUUGGGAUGACUCCCCACUCCAGAUGAAGCAGAUUGAGCAAAUUGGUGUGGUUGCUGUUCGAAAACUAGCAUCUUCAGGAAUCACUGGCAUUGAGACACUGGAGGCUUUUGAACCUCAUCAAAUUGAUAUGAUCUUGAGCAGAAAUCCUCCGUUCGGGAGGAAAUUGUUGGAGCGGCUUAUGGAUUUUCCCAAGCUUCGAGUGUCCGUCAAGAUGAUUGGCAAGGGAUCAAAGACUGGUACUGGUGUUCAGAUCAAUAUAAGAAGCGAAGUCGCCUUCAUGAACGAGAAAUGCCCGACAUACUUCCAACGACGCCCCGUGUACGUCUGCUUCAUGGCGGAAAGUUCAGAUGGUCGUUUGCUCGACUUCCGACGCGUAAGUGCCUGUAAGAUGUCCAAAGGCCAAGAGAUUGUCUUUAGCGCAGAGUUGAAAAGCGCCGGUCAAUCUGUGACGUGCUAUGCAAUGUGUGACGAUAUCGCUGGAACUAUGCGAUCCGCACAGCUGAGACAUGAUAUUCCCGCAAGCUUGUUUCCGUCUCAGCGAGAGUCUCCGUCCGAUUCAGUGUCGGCGAGGCCCAGAUCUAACAUCUCUCGCCGACGCAGUAAUGACACGUCCCAGACCAAAUUCAUUACCCGAAAUAUCGACCUUUGGGACAGUGACGAUCUGUUCUUCGGGGACUUCCUAGAUAAUGACCAAGCCGAGAAGUGGUCUUUUGUCGACAAAUUUCCAGAACCGCCAGUAGACAAAGUACAAUAUCUAAGAAAUACGAGCGAGGAUCCAAAUGAAAGCAACCAUCAAACAGUUGAAGCAGCAGAGGCUGUCAGACUCGACAACGGUCGAUGGGCUUGCAACCAUCGGUGCAAAGAUAAGACAAGAUGUAAGCAUAUUUGCUGUCGAGAUGGACUCGAGAAGCCACCCAAAGCAAACAAGAAGCGAUCUGGCGACGAUGACAAGGACAAGGGUAAGAAGGCAAGGGAACUCAAUCAGAAAACCCUUCCAGCAACAAUAGCCAAGAAGGAGACUACCACCCAAGCGAGUAACCCUUCUAAUUCCGAAGCAUACAGACACCGAAUAGAAAGCCCAGUCUCAACACACAAGGCAUCCUCAGGCAACACAGAGACCAACAACAACAACAAUAAGCCAGAAAUUGACUCCAGCUGUCCAGCCCCAAAGAACUUACUUGAAUCCUCAAGUGACUACGGAAACGACAGCUUCAGCGACUUCCCUUCACCGUCCGCCCUGCUGCUCGGAAAGCCCCUAGUAGCAACAUCAUCGAAAGACCAGAAUCUCGCACCCCCAACUACCGAAGACAACAUGAAGAUAGACAUGACUACAAAAGACUGGAGUGAUAAUGAUGGAUGGCACAAUUAUCAAUUGCCACCAGUGGUGGAUAUGGUUUCCACACCUAAAGCCAGCCAGGAAAAGUCAAUUCAACUAUCACAAGGCUCUGGUAAGGCUGAUAUUAUCAAUUUAACUGCCACGGAGAUCAAUGAGAUGAUUUCGAACGAACAGGAUGAUACACCUAACUGCCGUAAAGCCACUCCUGCUGAUUCCCAUGGGAAGAAACGGAAGGUUCUCUUGACUACGACUGCUGAAGACAAUAGAAAGAGGUGUAAGAGGGACAAAGACAUUGUAUCUACUCUUCCAAGCUCUUUCCAACCCAGUGGUACCACGGAUGAAGGAGCUGGGGUUCCCGCAAGCUGGGAGGAUAUUGACCCUGCUAUACUGCAUGAGUUCAAGGAUAUUAUCAAUUUGUUAUAA